GCAACCCCCCGAUAGACGCGCAAGGUAUAAAAUCGGACGUCGGGUAACAGGAGGCAUUCAGUGUCGGUGCGAUUCUAAGCUUCGUAGCAUCACUAUUUAAAAUUUCGAUCAUCAUAGAAAUGCAGGACAACCGAUUUUUCACUCUUAUGGUACUUCUGGUAUUUUCUACCUCCCUCAAUCAGGGUCAAAAGUUGAAAGCCAAUGAUAGGCGAUCCGCUGGCUUGGUACCGUAUCCUAGGAUCGGUCGAAAUUCGGAAAUAUCGAGCAUCUCCAGAUCGGAGCGCGCUUUGGGUAUGAUAAAUGUGCCUCGAGUCGGACGAUCCGACGUAUCGAACUUAGGCAAUUUGAAUCGAUUUCACGAUUUAUCAUCCGACGCCGACAUUGAGUUCUACGCCGUGGACAUGGAUUCUGACACUCUCUUAGGUCCUGAUUACGAAGACUAUGCGAGCAAACCGAUAGCAUUUAAAUAUGCUGACAAGCUACAGAAGGACGGCUCCUGGUUAAUGCCCGAUCAUAUUCAUGGAUAUAAAGAUCUUCAUUUCGCACAAAAGAUUAACGAUCCUCGAUUAUACUAUUCUAUUCUACGAGAUUCUCGAAAUACUCAAGGUCAAGGAGGAUAUACUCCAAGAUUAGGUCGCGAAAAUGAACAUGACGUCUCGAAUUUCCUGUAACUUAUUCACUCUUUGAUCUGCCUCGCGAACUUACGGAUGUUAAUUCAAAGGAAAGAAGAAACUUACUGUCAAAGAUGUCACCAGGACCAUAACACGUGAUGCUUUCGAUCGUUUCUCCGUUUCAUUCGGUGACCCACUUUAUCCUUGCACUUUGUACGCAAGUUUAUGCGCAACACAAUACAUAAUCUGCAUUUAAA